UUUGCUUCUGUUUAUCCUGGACUGAUUCCAUCGUCAACAUGGAUGAUCUAUGGACUCUUGUCUUACUGUCCCUUGCCAUGUUGAUUGGCUGUUAUGUAGCAGGCGUGAUCCCACUAUCCAUAACUCUGUCUGAGGACAAAUUGAAGUCUGUGACAGUGUUUGGUGCAGGGCUAUUGGUUGGUACAGCUUUAGCUGUCAUCAUUCCUGAGGGAAUCAAUGCUAUGUACACCUCAGGGGACCAUGACCACGCUCAUCAUCAUGAAUCUAGUCCUAAAGAGACAGAGAAGCACAGUGCUACCGACCAUGAGCACAAACCUCACGAGCACCACCACAGCACAACAGAUGUGCAUUCGCUGAUUGGUGUCACUUUGGUGUCAGGUUUUAUCUUCAUGCUGAUCGUGGAUCAGAUAGGAGGAGCACAUUCUCAUGCAUCUGCAUCCACAGACAUGGAGGCCAGUCAGACCACACUUCAACAGAACAGAAACCGAAUCACAGCAACGCUAGGUCUAGUGGUUCAUGCAGCAGCUGAUGGUAUAGCACUCGGAGCUGCCACAAUACUGGCUCAUACACAUCUAACCAUGAUUGUGUUCGUGGCUAUCAUGUUGCAUAAGAUGCCAGCAGCUUUUGGACUUGUCUCAUUUUUACUUCAUGAAGGAUUUGACAGGAAUCGAAUUAGGAAACACUUGUUUGUGUUUGCGAUGGCAGCCCCUGUGUUAGCCAUAGUGACUUACAUAGUUCUCAGUCAGGGAAGUGCAGAAUCGCUCCAUGACACAAAAACGACGGGCAUUGCCAUGUUGUUUAGUGCUGGGACUUUUCUUUAUGUGGCCACAGUCCACGUCCUGCCUGAGGUGUCAUCAUCAAAAUCUCAGCACAACAACCCAGAUGGCAGUGUAGUGAUCCAUGAACACAAGGGGUUCAGGAACAAGGAUCUGCUGGCCAUCAUUGUAGGGGCCGUGCUACCAGUGAUUUUGUCUAUAGGGCAUAAACACUAAAUUGAUAUAAGACUGUGAUUGGGCUAAGAUAUUGUGAUUAAAUCUCAUAAGAGAUUGUGUAUAUUUUAAACAUCAAAGCCUGUGUAUAUUUUAACUAGGGUAACAAGAUGUGGGGAAAGUUUUCCAAUGUACUUGUACAGCCUGCUCCACUUAUAUAUAUAUUGAGUUAACGUAUAUUGAACUAUCUGUUAUACUGAAGUUAAAAUAAAUCCCCAUUAGCAUUAUUUAUGUAGUUCAGCAUCGGUUACAUUGAACUUUGGAUGUAAUGAAGGUUGGUGCCCUGAAUUUCAAUAUAUCUGGAGUAGACUGUAUAUGUCUAGGUAUAUCUGGAGUAGACUGUAUGUCUAGGUAUUAGCAAGUUCUCAUCAUCAUUGUAGUGUUUUAAAAACCUACAAUAACUGGAUGAAGUGCCACGAAGAGUCAAACAAAAACAUUGUUUCACUGAUGCAUUUUAAAAUGAUAAAUUUCAGUUUGGAGGCAGUGUUACAUGUUGAUUAUUACACAUAGUGUUGUUAGAUAGUUUCUGUUUUGGGGGUCAGUGUGAAUGCUGGGGAAGAUGGAUGCAUAUUAUGUAUGUGUGUGUGAUUGUUUUGAGUGUAGAAUUGUAUUAUAAUAAGCAUGACUUACACUGGUUCUCUGGGUAGUAGUUAUAUAUAGAGAACCAUUGAAUACACGUGUAAUAUGGUCUUAUAGUUGUGAAAUGUUUGGGGAGUAUGAGUCAUUGUAAUGCGCUUUACAUAAAUCCAAUGUGGUGCUUUUUUUAUAGUGUUAAUAUGCUGUAAAAUGAUGGGGUUUAUUUUAUAGUAUCUAUGUUCUGUAAAAUGAUGGGCUAUUUUGUAAAUGUGUGAGAUGCCAUUAUUUGGUAAAUGUGUGAGAUGCCAUUAUUUGCAUCUGAUUUUUUCUUGUUAAUUGUUUUGCUCCUUUCAUCUUUUCAAGUGUGUUCCAUGAGUAUCCUAUUGAUACCUAACUGUAUUUGUGACAAUGACAUGGUUUAAUCUACAUGCUAGUAUACUCAAUUGUCUCAAUGUAUGUGGCAACUCUUGUAGGUUUUUUUUGGGGGGUGGGGGGGGGGGGGGGUCACUCAUUAGACUCACUGUGAUCUGUAUCCAUCAAUCAUUUUCAGUUGUCCUUUAACUUUUGACUACUUCUCAGAGAUUAAAUGACCAGACAAGUGUGUAGAAACAAAUGCUGUGAAUUUCAUUAUUCUUGCUCCCUUGGGAUACUAGGGGUGGGACUUGAACCUUUAAAAAUUGUGCAGUCUUUUAAAAAAAUUCAUCUUUACCCCUCGACGUCCAGCACCUGAACUGGGUACCUCACCGAAAUAAGAUUGGAUACAUCAAAAUGGUGAAAUUUAUGGCAUGUGGUUUCUGUUUCAUCUUUUAUUAAUGGAAACAGCAUCUAAUUGUCAGAGUUUAAGAAAUGCACUCAUUGCACCUAUUCAUAUGCAACACUUAAAAUGUCAGAUUUUGUUUUUUGUGGGAAAUGUUAAGGCAUGUAGGUCUGUAUAUUUAUGAAGCAAUAUUGCAAGAUUUUUAGUCACUAGUAAUAAAAACUAAACCUAGAAGAAAUGGUUAAGUUUUACUUCUUACUACAUAUCUAAAGUAUGGAAACUCAGUAAAUUUAAUAAAUUAAAUUUAAUGAUUGUGUCUUGUAAUACUUCUGAUUUUGAAUUAUUUGUCAUGAAUUCCAUAUUAUGUUCAUGUUCAAAAAUGAUAUAGUCAAAAGUGAUUGUUGAUUGAUCUGAAGACUUGUAUUUUUCUACAGAUGUUUAGCUUCCUUGUUGCUUGACUUUGAGGACUAAGAUUUGCAUUCACCACCAUAAAGUUUGUGCACCGAGAUUCCAGAUUUUCCUUUCUUUCUGCCUUUAUAAAUUUAUGUAUUGUGAUUAAAAUGAUUUAUUUUUCCUUUAUUAGAUUCCACAUUCAUACUAAAUUUUACUCGCACUUGAGGUGGAGGACCCUUAAGCAGGACAUUCCUUAGACAUUCAUAUUUCAUUUUCUUCAGUAGGUAGAGCGGUGACUUGUCCAAAAUCUCAAGAGAUAUUUGUCUAAGGAUUGAAUGAUUUUAAAUGUAAUGUGAAUUGUAACUUAAUUAUAUUUAAGUAAUCAACAGUUCUGUGUAAUAUAUGACAAGUGUUAUAUAUUUCAUGAAAUAUCCUUCCCUGGAUAAAAUAAAUGUGGUAAAACGUC